AUGUUAUUUUUAGGGCAAAUUUCAUUCCUAAAUGGUUGGAAUCGUGUAACUGAAACAGAUUUAUUACAGAUAAUCGCUGAUUGUAUACUUCGAUUCCGACCAAAGAAUCUUAGUGAAAGUGAUGAGCUAAAUUAUGAACAAAACAUUUCCGAUGUAUUAUCAUUAGUACCUUCAUUGCCUCGUGGUUUGGAUGUCAAUUUAGAAUUUACCGGCGUUCGAAAAUUUGAAUACACAACUGCAAGCGCUUUAUUUGAUUUAUUGGAUGUAUCGCUUCUUCACGGUUGGAUUAUAGAUCCUCAACAAACAGAACUUGUAAAACUUCUAAAUGGGAUCAGUUAUAACAAAUUGGUCGAAAAAGUUAUCAAUUUGGACGAUUCAAACUCAGAAUCAAAAUUAUUAAGAAAUUUUAUGGAAAAUAGUAGUUCGCAACUAACAGUUCAUGGACUUUGCGAGCUUUCUUUGUCAUUAACUGAUGGUCAGAUAGCAGUUUUAUUUCGGAACAAUCAUUUUCAUACUCUGUACAAGCACAGAGAUGAGCUAUUUGUUUUGGUAACUGAUAUGGGUUUUUUAAAUGAACCGAGUGUCGUUUGGGAAACGUUAAACAGUGUUGAUGGCGAUUCAUUUUUUGUCGAUGCUAAUUUUCAUACAUCGCUACAAACUACAAAACAAGAUGAAACAGCCGAGUAUAAUGGCUUAUUAUUUUUAUAUAUUAAAAAUAAUUUAUAUAUUAUAUAA